CUUGAUGCUUGAAGGUAGAGUUUUAACGAUUUCGAUUAGAAGUUCAACUAGUUCAAGUUUUAACGAUUUCGAUUAUUACUUCCGAUUUUAAGAAUCAUUUUUGCUGUAUUUUAUAUAACAAUAGGCUUAUGUACAGAUUAGUUUAUACGAAACGGAUAACCAGUUUAAUACAAUUAUUGUUUGAGGAAGAUUUUAAAUGAAAUUAUUAAGUCGUUCUUCGCGUCUUUUUAGCGAAAUCAGAAUCGAUUUGAAAGUUAUCGAUGAAUUAAACAAGCGACCUCGGUGUAUUUUUCCAGAACUUUGCCAACAACCGAACGAUCAACGAUCUAUAUAUAAAAUUGAGUCGGAAAGUCAUUGGUGGACCGUACUUUGUGGUUUGUGGUACGUGUAAAAAGUAGAGUUCGAAAUUUAAAAAAGCAUUCCUUUUCAUUUAAAAAAGAGACUGCCGCAAAGUAGUGCUAGUGCAUAAAUAUAUUACUUCAAUUAAAUUCCUGUGAUAAAUAUAAAAAUGGGUAUCCCAGCUGGUGAUGUAGAAAAAGGAAAAAAACUAUUCAAACAACGAUGUGAACAAUGCCAUACAACCGAAGCUGGUGGCAAACAUAAGGUAGGACCAAAUCUAAAUGGUCUUUUUGGAAGGAAAACUGGUCAAGCUGCUGGUUUUGCAUACACAGACGCCAACAAAUCUAAAGGAAUCACAUGGAAUGAAGACACACUAUUCAUUUACCUCGAAAACCCGAAGAAGUACAUCCCCGGUACCAAAAUGGUGUUCGCUGGUCUCAAAAAAGAAGGAGACAGAGCAGAUCUCAUCUCUUACCUCAAAGUUGCGACAAAGUGAACCCAAUAAGAAUCGCCACAUUCAGAAAGAUUGUUUUUGUAUGAGUUAAAUGAUGACACUAUUUAUUUUAUUUAUUUAUACCAAGUUAGAAAAAGAAAUUGCUGUUUAAAAAACGAAAUUUUCUCUAUUAGUUUAAAACGGUUCAUUUAUUUUAGAUGUAAGUUUGAAAAUAAUUGCCCAAGGGGUGAUAUAUAAAUAUUUUUUUUUUUCAAAUCUGUUAAUCAUUUAAUUGAUUCAAAAACGAGAAUCGUGUGUAUUAGUAGUAUUUUCAUCUGGUACAUAUAUGUUAUUGUAUCAUGGCAGAUGAAGUGCGUGUACAAAUUAGGCAAUUUUUUUAAAUUAUUUUAUUUAAGAUCAUACCUAUUGUUAAGUAUACUAAAACCAAAUCCAUUGUACAGUAUGAAAUAGACACCAUUUUAUUUUUAUUUUGUUUUCGUUCUGUUUAAUGGUCCAGUGUUCAGUAAAU